GAGAAAUAUUAUUCAGAGGGUGACUGAAGCAUAUUACAAUAUUCAGUUCACUUCAGUAUCUGCCCUUCAAGAUGUCAAACGCUGACCAAUCACCAUGCCGAAUUCUCGUCAUGGCCUCUGGGUUUGGCUCUAAUUUCCAGGCCAUCAUUGAUGCGAUAUCUACUGGCUCGCUCCCAAAUAGUCGUAUCAUUUCUCUCAUUGUGAACCGACGGAACGCACAUGCAACUGUCCGAGCCGAGAAAGCUGGCAUUCCUUGGCAAUACUUUAACUUGAUCUCUCACGGAUUCUUGGAAAAGGGAGAAACCGACGAGCAGAAAGUGACUGAAGGUCGUCGGAAAUAUGACGCUGCGUUGGCCGAAAAGAUCCUCUCAGCCGACGAGAAGCCUGAGCUUAUUGUCCUCGCUGGUUGGAUGCAUGUCUUCUCAACAGCUUUCCUGGAUCCUAUCCAGAAGGCUGGUCUGAACGUCAUUAACUUGCACCCUGCUCUGCCAGGAGAGUUUGACGGAGCCAAUGCGAUCGAGCGAGCUUAUGAGGAGUUCAAGGCUGGUCGACUAACACGCUCAGGCAUCAUGGCCCACUACGUGAUCGCUGAAGUAGACAGGGGUACUCCUAUCCUGGUCAAGGAAAUUGAGUGGAAGGGAGAGGACCUGGAACAGUACAAGGAGAAGGUUCACUCUCAUGAGCACGAGUUGAUCGUUAAUGCGACCGCAAAGGUGGCACAGGAGACAGUUAAGAACAGAAGGACAUAAAAACGGAGACGACGAUAAAUACUGGUAUAGAAGAACUGCACAAUGACUACGAACGACGUGACAUGAGACACACUUGCUAUACAAAACUCAUACGGCACAUAAUGAAAGGGACAACCCAUCUCCAUCAGGAGAAGUUCUAUGGCCAUAGAGACGACUAACAAGCUCCUCUCCUACGUUAGUUUGGUAACCAGGUAGUCGUGGAACCAAAGAACCAGACCAGACAUCAUCAUUCCUUAGCUCAACCCUUCAUUAUACCCCCUUACAGAAUAAAACUCAAAUUCGGUCUCUCCCUGUUCCAUA